GUUCUGCAGUUCACAGGGUUUCCUACAGGUAUCCUGUCCACUGUGAGGCUUUCAUCAGACUGAGGAUUUGGAGUGCAUUAGUGAAGGUCUGAAUCAGAGCAGGCGGUGCAGAGCCAGGGAUUGAGAGGAAGAAAAUAAAUGUGAUGAGUGUGGGAGGGAGGAGGUUGUUUUAGCAAACAUACAGAGCCCAAAUAAGAGUGGAAAGAAAACAGGUGGAGGACAAAAAAGGACAAUAUCCCACAAACAUAUACUGAUACAAAGCAAGAGAUGGAGCUGUGUGAGAUUUUAGAUCAGAAACACGGUUUAGACUGCCGUGGUAAUCUGGGACACAAGCAGUGCUGAGAACUAAACAGGUCAUCACAACCUCACAUAGACAUAUUGACAAGAUGGGGGCCAGUCGUCCACUGCCCAAUGCGCCCAAGGGUAAGUAACAACAGGCACAAUGCGAAGACUGUCUGAAGGAUGUGCAUUUUUAUGUACAUUUUCUUUUCUCAGAUUCACUAAGUGCUGCAAUAGAGGCCAUCAGUGUGAGCACAGAACUCGUCGAGGAGGAACUAAAGCCAUAUUUGGACACAGCAUUGAAUGUUGCCAUAGAAAGAAAGGGAUGGGUUUUAUAUACACCAACGUACAAAGGUUUGGGAAAGGCGCAUCAGAGCAGGUGGUAGAAAGCGGGAUUCUGCCUGUUCUGGCUCAGAUUUUAAGAAGAAAGAGUACGCUCACUACUCACACUGCCAGACUGGUAGCUGAACUGGCCAGAGAUGCUCCUGUGAGAGAGCAAUGCUUUGAGACAGGCAUUGUGUCUGCCCUUGUGACCUUACUGCUAAGCCAAGACCAGGACCUUCUCCUUCACGUUAGCAAGGCCAUCGCGAGAAUUUGCUAUGACAGUAACUUGCAGCAGGAGCGAUUCCUGAGGCUUGGAGCUGUCCCACGACUGGUGUCGGUUCUUCUCCAGUACAGUGAAAACGAGACACUGUUGAGCUCUUGCCUUCUGGCCAUCUGUAACCUGGCCGACAUGGGUGAAGAAGACGGCUCCAUGCUCUCCUGGGAAGAAGGGGCGUAUUUCGGCGAGGGGGAGCGGGUUUUCCGUGGCACCUCACGGUACUCUUUCGGCUUCUCUUCAGCUGUGAUGGAGGUCAGGCUGAAACAGUGGACUAACGGCCAGUACUCUGUGGCAGUAGAAGUGCUUCAAAGGUGCUCCACAAUGCUGUGGGGCGUGAAAAACGGCCACCAGACUGGACACCGCUUACCGAACUUUGCCCACCUAGGCAGCUGCCCUAAAUUGUAUAAAGUUAUCAAAUGCUCAGUGAAGAACAUCCCGAGAAACAGGAAUCUGAGGGCAGCAGUGCUUCAUACCCUUUUGUGAGGCUUCAUCAUAGUGCUUUUGGAUUCACAAUAUUAAUGAACAUCUGAGGUGGCCUAAACUGGUGAUCUGGUGUGAACCAUGUCCCAACAUUUAAGGAGCUCAUUUCAGCCAUUCGUUAAAAAGAAUGGAUCUGAAGGCACAAACAUAGAAUAUAAUUGCUCUCAUUUCCCUAUUGCUCAGACGUCACGUCUGAAUGCAUUCCACCUGAACCCGAGGGUCCCAAACAAGAGCCAAAAUCACAAGCCAGGUCACAAGACAUGUUGUGUCCAGGCAGUUUAAGUCCUGUAGAUCUACGCUGACUGUACAUAGAAGAUGAGAACAGGUGGACGCCGAGCUGCAAUCUGCUAGCCUUUCUGAACUCUGUGAUUAGUCCAUAAGAGGCCUUACAGUAGUGGAUUAUCCAGACCCAGCGCUCGGGGUCAGAGCAGCUACACGCACCCAGGUCACAAUAUGCAACCGUGUUGCAAAAUGCACCAAGGGAAAUAGAUUAACAGAUGAAAAUUGUGACUUAUGUUUACAGUCUUUGGGUCCAAACACAGUCCAGGUUAAAGCAGACUUACCUAAUGUACCAAAUUUGAGCAGUGUAAAUUUUAUUAUGGAUUGAGAACUGCAAAAAUAACCAUGUACAAAACCUCUGUCAAAGUGACCUGAACCCAUA